AUGAAUAAAGUUGAAAAUAGAGAUCUUCUACGGAUGUUGUUUACCCUUUUUUAUUCUGUGUUCUUCAUCUUUCUACUGUUAGGGGUUACAUCGCAUGGCUCAUCAUAUGGAAACCAUGGAAGUCAGAAAUUGUCGACGUUUUCAUUCUUCAGUCGAUUCUUGAGAAAGUCCAUCAGUCAUAUUGAUAAUGGCAAUUUGGAAUCUUCUAGCCCGGGCAGAAUAAGCACCAUUAAUCAUGCCGCGGCAGUGAGUGGGAUAGGCGUCAACUGGGGCUCACAAUCAUCACAUCACAUGCCACCCGAGACAAUUGUGCGGAUGCUUAGGGAGAACGGGAUUCAAAAAGUUAAGCUUUUUGAUGCGGAUUAUGAUACAUUAAGAGCUCUUGGGAAGUCUGGGAUUGAGGUUAUGGUCGGUAUUCCCAAUGACAUGCUUGCAACCUUUGCUUCCAGCUCGAAGGCAGCUGACAAAUGGGUAGACAAAAAUGUGUCCCAUCAUCUCACUACCAAUAAUGUAAAUAUCAGGUAUGUUGCAGUUGGAAACGAACCUUUCUUGACAACAUAUAAUGGAACCUUUCUUAGAACAACGUACCCGGCUCUCAGAAAUAUUCAGCAAGCGUUGAUAAAAGCCGGCCACAGCAAUCAAGUAAAGGUCACUGUUCCCCAAAAUGCUGAUGUCUACUUGAGUUCAACUAGCUUGCCGUCUGGAGGUGAUUUCCGAGCCGAUAUCCAUGACUUUGUGGGUCAAAUCGUGAAGUUACUGAGUGAUAAUAAUGCUCCUUUCAUGAUCAAUGUAUACCCUUUCCUAAGUCUUUAUACAGAUCCCAGCUUCCCUGUUGAUUAUGCCUUUUUUGAUGGAAAUGCGACGCCUCUGAAUGAUGGCGGUAUGAACUAUUACAAUAUGUUUGAUGCGAAUCACGACACUCUUGUCUGGGCAUUGCAAAAGAAUGGUUUUGGAAAUUUACCUAUAAUAGUUGGAGAAAUUGGGUGGCCAACUGAUGGAGAUCGAAAUGCUAACGUAGAGUAUGCACAAAGAUUCAACCAAGGUUUCAUGGCUCAUAUAUCAGGUGGAAAAGGAACCCCAAUGAGGCCCGGGCCAAUCAAUGCUUAUCUAUUUAGUUUGAUGGAUGAGGAUGAUAAGAGUAUUGAUCCUGGAAACUUUGAGCGCCAUUGGGGAAUUUGCAGGUAUGAUGGACAACCCAAAUAUCGUCUGAACCUUGGAACCACUAACGUAGGAUCUCUCAUCCCAGCACGAGGUAUAAUUUAUUUGGAGCAAAAAUGGUGCAUAAUGAAGCCAAAUGCCAAACUUGAUGGUUCUGACGUCGUCCCAAGUGUAAGCUAUGCUUGUGCACGUGCUGAUUGCACAUGCCUUGGUUAUCAGACAUCGUGUGGCAAUUUGGAUUCUCAGGGGAAUAUUUCAUACGCUUUCAACAGCUAUUACCAGAAGAACAAUCAACUCGAUGAUGCCUGCAAAUUUUCAGGUCUUGGAACAACCACGAGAGCUGAUCCAUCAACUGAAAGUUGCAAGUUCAAUAUCAUGAUCAAGGCGUACUAUGGGAAUGCUGGACGAUUACCAAGCUAUGUUCUGAGGACAUUGACAUUGGUGGCCAGUGUAUCUAUCUUUUUGUUGACUAAUCUGUGA